AUGCAAUUCAAAUACCUCAUCGCUCUUUCUGCUCUCCUGCUCUCGAGCACGGUCAUUGCAGCUCCCUUACCUGAGGGCACAACCAACGACGUCAUUCUCCAACGCCGAUCGGUCUCCCCCUCAUUCACGUUCACUAACGACUUAGCGAACAUCGUGAUCCCCGCGCCCCUCCCCGCGACCGCCGCCAAGAAAGCCAUCGCCGCGCAGGAGAAGAAGAUCAAAAAGGCACAGGCAAACCAAAAGGCAAAGGAGGCCCUCCAGAAGACCGCGUCGUCGCACGUCACCACCGUCCUCAACGCGGCCGCCGACACCCUGAAACUCAGCGGGAGCCUCGCUGUCAAGGUCACGAACGACUUCCACACCAGCAAGGACCCGGAGAGCCAUGCGACGUUUGAGUUCUCUGCGCCUGCUUGCGGCGGGACGUGCGUCGGUCAUGCGUACAAGUCACCCUCGAAAAUCUCGCCGGGCAAGGGCCAGCCCGGCAAAAUCUUCAGCGCCGGGCACGCCGUCAUUUUCGGGGGAGUCGACAAACCAAAUGUCCAUUUGAUGCACUACAGAGCUACUUCUAGAUCACACAAGAAAGCCACGACGGAAGCAGAUGAUGCUGAGGAGACUACGACGAUGGAGGGAAGAGAUGGAUUGCACGACAACGAGGCGUAAGGACCGAAGAAAGACGGCAUGGAUGCAGAGAGGGUGGACAUGGAAGCGCACGCACGGAGGAUGAACCGGGGAGGAGAUAUGCUUUUACACAAUGAGUGCCAGCCAAGAAAGACCGCGAGAUGAGGAAUGGGUAUGCAAGAGGGAGAAAAAAAAAUUGACAAUUUAUCCAGGGGAGCACAGCGGAAGCGAGAAUAAAAGAAGGUGAAGGGGAAGGGAAAGAGGAGGCCGCAUUAUCGAAAGCUUCGCCGGGAGCAUAUACAUACAUACAUAUCCGCAAGGGCCUGCCUACAGGAUCAUGUGACUCGCGCGCUUGAGCGCGCUCGGGGUGAUAUUCACGCCUGUGUAGUCCUCCAGCCACACGUCUCGCUCUUGACAGCGGCGGAGCACUCGCCUCCAAAACUUGGCCACCGCAGGGUGUGGGUACUGCGCGCGCAUCUCGUGCGACUCCACGCUGAGGUCGCGCACGUACUUGAGCGCGGGGAACGCGUCGCGGAGGAGCAGCGACGACAUCUGCUCGAGGAGCGGAAAGAACGCGGUGUCGUCGCCGGCGGCACCGGCAGCCGCCGCGUGAAUGCCUCCGCCUUCGGUCAUGUCGAGUGCGCUCGUAAUGCGCGCGUCGAUGUCGCGAAUCGCAAUCAUCGUGAGGCGGGGGUGGCGGGGCAAAAGGAUGUGAGGCGCGAUCCAGUCGGGUGACUCCCAAUGCCAUUCAGCAUCGGCGGAGCAGAUGAGCUCGCGUAGGUUCGGACACCAGCGUGCGAGCGAGAGCGGCUCGCGCCCCUCGUCCGCGUCGACGUCUGUGCCGUGCAACUGCCGAUGGCGUCGCGGGUGAGUGGUAAGGUAAUGCUCCUCGAUGAGUGAGGACGAAUGGCCGAGCUCGAGCUGCUGCAGUGCGGCACCGUGCGCGGCAAAGAAGCGGAAGAAGCCUUUGCCGGUGUAGCUAAAAUCGGCGGAGACGACGGAGAGGUUGCGCAAGGCGGGCAUGUCCCACGAGGCAAGCACGGCGAACAUGCCGUUGUCGAGGCUGACCUUAAGGCUGCGCAGGGCAGGAAGGGACACGCGCAUUGCUGCGGAGGCAAGGUCCGCAGACUCGGAGAAGAGCGCGUGGAAGUUGGGCGAGCAGGACGAGAGCUCGAGGUACUCUAGGCGGCGCGUCGGCAUGUCCUGCAGGGGAGACAUACGCAGGUGAAACGGCACGUCGUCGUAGCUCGUCCACGCGAGGCGGCGGAGGGUGCUAUUUGGGUGCGCGAGGAGCGAGAGCAAGCGUUCGGGGCUGCAACGGGGAUCAGGCACGAUGUCGUAUCGGUUACGCUGAAUUGAUUGGUGGUCGGUGUAGAUCGUCAGCUGGGGG